UCGACUACUUCCAUGCAAACUUCAUCACGAGGACACCGACUAACGGACAAACUACAACGAAAAUGCUGAUAUUGCUGCCGCUGUUGRCUGUGUUGUUUAACGGUCUCACAACAGCGCAUGUGGAGGCGAAUUUAAGCUUGGAAUUUAGGGCUACAAAGCUUUUGAGACAACACAAUCCUGCUAACUGUACGGUUGGCAAUACAACAUAUGCACAUGGACAGACAUUUAAAUUGGAUUGUAAAACACAGUGUGUCUGUGAGAACGGACGUCAUGCCUGCUCGUCGCUCUGUCCGAAGGAGCAAUUGCCAGCGCCGGAGGACACGAUUUCCUGCAGAUCGCCUCGCCUGGUGGAGGUGCCGGAACACUGCUGUAAAAUGUGGCUGUGUGAGAAUCCCACAGCUGAUGUAUACGCCACCUGCCACAAUGCCUCGACCAGUCCGUGGACGCCGUGUUCGCAACCCUGUGGCCUUGGCAUUUCGACGCGCUUCGCCAGCACGAACGCUGGCUGCCGGCAAUUGAGCAGCUUGCGAUUGUGUGAAAAUCGCAAAUGUGAUCAGGACAAUAACAACAGCAGCAACAACAACAAAAACUAUUUACUACCGCCACAAGAGGCGCAGCUGUUGGUGCAAAAUGCCACAGCACAACAGCAGCAACAACAACAGCCGCWAAAGCAUGCGCACGCAGAGCAGCAUCAGCAACAAAAMCAAUUAAUUAGCCAUAAUGUGGCAAACAAUUUAGUUGUAAGUGAGCCUAAGGAUAUUAAGGAUAUAGCAGAUUACCAUGCCACAUUGUUCGCGGCGCAUGAGGAGCAUCGAAUACGCAAAGGACACGAGUGCCGCAGCUUACAACGYCUCGGACCGGCACGCAUACGUUUGGGCGCUUGCAUUUCACGAAAGCUUUAUCGGCCGAAACUUUGCGGACUUUGUCAUCAGCAUUCAGGCAAAUGCUGUCGGCCAUCGGUCUCAACAACUAUACAGGUGGAGCUGCUGUGUCCAUUGAACGCUGGGGAUCCCAUCAGCAUUGCCGAACAACAGCAGCCGCCGAAAGGCCAAGCGCCAYUGCCACUCUGGGACACAGUGUCGCUGGAGCCAAUCGAUCAGGAAUUCCUGCAAUCACAUCAAAUACAAAUCGAAAAUAAGUUCAUUGCWGUUGAAUGGAUUUUAAAGUGCGAGUGCGGCAAAUAUGAAAAUUGCAACAACCUGCACAAAUACACGACAACAAUGCACAAUGGCACCAGCAAUAGCCACAAAAGCGCACAAAGCAGCAGCAGCAGCGACAACAACAGUAGCAACAGCAGCAGCAGAAAUACCGUUAAUAGUUGGCGCACAAGUGCCACCCUUAGUGACCGCAAAAAUAAUAAAAAUGUGGCGACAAAUAUUAUCAGUGAAACGGCACGCAAUAACAAUGACUAUGCGUACAACAGCAACAACAAUAAUGGCAAUAACCAGAGCAACAACAAGAAUAACAAUGCCAACGUAAGUGGCGGUGGCAAUAACAUGGGAAACAUGGCAAACAGCGACGAGCAAAACAUUGCGACGGACAAUGACAGCGAUAAUCGCUAUGUACAACAACAACAACAAGAAAAACUACAGCAACAGCAGGAAGAGGAAGAAACCUCCCAGCAAGGGCAUUUAGUGUCGUCKUCGGGUGAACUGCAACCAGACAUUAUACCGUAUCCGGCCAUGUUGCCGCCACACCGCAGCAAUCCAGAGGAAAAAAGCGAACAGAGAGACCAAACGAACAACAACAACUACAAAAGUAAUAACAUUAACAGCAACUAUGAAGAGGAGCAGGRGGGGGAGGGCGGCAAUAUGGAUACAAUUGACAGCAAGCGUGCGAACAGUGAACUCAACAGCAACAACAAUGACAAUAUGCGGCGCGUGGAAAGUGUUGCUCUACCGAAUAAAAGUAAAGCUGUUGCCGGUUUCGGUUUUUAUAGCCGUGACGACGAUGGAAGCGACGAUAAUGGUGCCGUUACCCAGAGCAAGCGCGUCGAAAAGCCGAACGAGCGYGACGUAGAGCAGCAGAGCACACUUGAAGAGCCACAACAACAAGAAGAUCAACAACUCAYGCAGUGGAAGUUUGAGAAAAAUUUGCRUUAUCAGGAGCGGCAGUUUGCAAUGGCAACAGAGCCAGACGCACAUUGGUCACCACAUUACACACAUCAUCACCACCAACCAAACUAUCGUCAGCAUCAUCACCAUCACCAUCACCAUCAACAUCAACACCAACACCAACAUCAACACCAACACCAACAUCAACACCAACACCAACAUCAACACCAACAUCAUCUUCACCAACAGCAGCAUGAGACGCAUCCACAGCCGCAGCUGCAACAACAUCUUUGGCUGGAACAGAUGGGCGAACAGCAGCAUCAACAACAACAACAACAGCAACCGGAGUUGCAUGCGCUACGCYAACGCAGCACAUAACAACGCAGACGGGCACCACAAAUGCACCGUCAACGGUGGCCGCCACGUAAAGGGCGARGCAAGAGGAAAAAGACCAACCAGGGAGCGAAACGACACAGCCACAGCGGGACAAUAACGGCGAAGGACGUAGCUGGUGGUGUGUUGGCGAUGGGCAUACAAGUGGGCACUUCGUAAAUAAAUUGCGGCGGCAAACUGAUAAACCGGUGUAAAAACAACAAAAUUAUGCGACGCGUUGCAAGCAAAAAGUGCAGGAGACUCUUUACAGCAAAUGAACGACAACAAAAAAUAAGCWAUGAAAUAUGCGAGCGUGUGUAUGUGGRUGUGUAUGUGACACGAAUAUCGAACGAAAGGCGCAUAAAGGACGAAGCACGCACCAGCCGACAACCGGUGAGUUAGUGGAGUGCAUUGGCAGGAUAAACCGAGCAAUGAAGGCAUACCGACAGACAAACAAACUUUGAUACACCGACGCACCGGCGGUUGAACACUCAAAGCGACCGGCAACAAMCGUUGCAAUUUUUGCAUAUCACAAAGCAAAUAAAUUUUUAAUUUCCCGCGCCUCACCAAAAAAUCUCAUGCAAUUUUUUUCGGACAAUGUGUAAAAACACAGUUGCACCAACAAUAAUAACAAAACAGUUUUGGAAAAGAGCGAGGAGUAAARAGAAAGCAAACAAGUUAUCGUGUAAAAGUUGUCACAACAACGGACAGACAACACAACCGAACACCAAAGCAAAUAAAUUGACGAAAUUACUGAAAAAAGAGCGAGAAGUAAGCCGUGUGCUCAGCAUUAAGUUUACAUCUGUUCUGUGUCACCAUUUUUUCUGUUUCAAAUAUUCUUUGUUUUUAUGAAGUUCGUUUUGUGUUGUAGAACUACAUAUAAGUACAUAUAUUUAUUAGAAAAAAAAAUUGUGGAAACCGGGAAUUUUGGAAAUUACACAGCAUAUUGAAAGAACGUUACCAAAAUAUGCUUAACCAAAAAAACCGCAGAGUCAUUCUAGUGGUAUUAUUAGUAUCAUGAACUCGUUAUAAAUCUGGAAUGAGUCAGCCCAGCACAUAUUCCAUUUAGCGAAUUACAAAAUGUAAACUAAAAUCUAGUUCUAUGACUGUGCAAUCCCCUCAGCGUCGAAUAUGUAUUGGAAUUAGUUUCCAUCUAAGACUUGUGAAUACUCGGUAUGAAAAGAAAUUUGAGUUUUARUAGCAAGCAUCACCAACUUUAGUGACCAAUUUUUCUUUCCACUUCCAUACCCUUUUUACACAGUCUUCAUAAAGUUAUACUAUAGUUAGCAUUGGAGCUCGACUAAGAAACAUAUCCUGUACCAGAAUCCUACAUAUCUUCAUUGCUAUAAUUCUGAGUUUUUUAUACAUACUACAUUUAUGGCAAAUAGUAUAUAUUUUUUCUUUCAACUUAUGAAUAAUAUAAUACGAUAACAAAUAUUUUGAGCAUCUUUUGCAGGGAAUUUAGGGCACUUAAUCUGUAGAUGCGGUAACAAAAACUACCCGAAAACUGUAAAUAAAUAUACAUCAAUAUUUCCUUUUAYGCCCUCCACUUAAUCCCCACCAAAUGUACUACACUUAUGUCAACGACUUUUCCGGUCCUCGAWUCACAUUUUAGGAUGGCUUUCCGCUCCUUUAGCGAAGUUUGUUUUAUCUCUUCGAACGACUGAGAACGUGUUCAUUCCGAUGAUUGCUCACUUUUUUACGUGUCAAACUCAUAAACCCAUGUCUCUUCGGUAUAAUGAUAUCCAUGAAUGUGAGAUAGGAAUUCGCACGAUCACACAUGUCCCAAGAGACUUGUUUACGUUUACGAUACUCUUUUUGAAAAAAAAAAUUCAGCGUUAUCGGGUCGAGUCGAGCAAAAACGUGCUUCAUACCCCAAAUAUCCUAUAAGAUCAUUCGAAAGCACUCGCGAGAGAUAUUUUGCCAUACUCAAAUUCUAUGUUCGAUAUUUUUAUCCAUUGUUGAAAUCGCAAAGCACUACUAAGCUCAUAGUAAUAUUUUUUGAAAUGGAUAUAUGAUAAUGGGAAUUUAAUUACAAUUUCUGAGUGCUAUUUUAGCACAACAUAAAUUUCGAGGUCUUCAGAUAGAGAGAGAAAGAGAGAUGGAUACGAUCGAAACCUUGAAACAAUACAUUUUAAUUUCAAUGAAUAUAUAGAAUGAAAGCAGAAAUCGGUUGGGUGAAUAUAAAAAUAAGCUAAUUUACAACAAAUACACAAAUAACUGUAUUUUGUUACACAUGUGUGUACGUGAUAAUUCGAAAAUUUACAUAAAAACAUAAGUACUAAGCGAAGAUGUAUARACAUUAAUUGAAUAAAAAGAAAAAGAAAAAGGCAAAAGAAAAAAUAAUAUUAUUAUUAAAUGGAAA